CCAGUCAUCCUAAUUCCCUAAACAAUUGAUGAAACCAAUACCUAUUUUAUAUUUGGUGGCGUAAAAACUGAAUUAGCCAUUUGAAAAUUCUACGAAUUUGUUUUUCGAGAAAUCUCAGGGAUGCCUUCGACAAUCCCAACGAACCGAUCCCCCUCGGAAGACAUUUUGGACCCGACGCCGUUUCUGUCAUCGACAAGCAGCGCCUCACAGGACGAGUCCUCCUCUCGCCGAACCGUUCGUCGCCAGGGCCUCCGUGACGCGGCUCGGUUCCUGCGCCGUGCCAGCAGCCGGAGGAUGAUGCGUGAGCCGUCCAUGCUGGUUCGAGAAACGGCCGCCGAGCAACUUGAGGAGCGCCAGAGCGAUUGGGCGUAUUCCAAGCCCAUCGUCAUCCUCGAUAUGAUCUGGAAUUUAGCGUUUGUGGCGGCGGCGAUUGGUGUUUUGGUUUUGAGCAGGGACGAGAGGCCGGAGAUGCCGCUGAGGUUGUGGAUAAUUGGGUACGCUUUCCAGUGUUUCUUGCAUAUGGUUUGCGUUUGUGUGGAGUACAAGCGGCGAAGGAGGCGACAGAACGCGGAGUACAGAACGUUUAAUGCGGGGGAGGAAGGGGUUUUGAGUCCAGGAUCGAGGGUGCGUUCAGAGCAGUACGUGUCGUUAGCCCAAUUGGAAGAGGAUGGUGGCAGCAGCGUUGCAAAGCAUCUGGAAUCUGCAAAUACAAUGUUUUCAUUCAUCUGGUGGAUUGUUGGAUUCUAUUGGGUAUCUAUAGGUGGCCAUGCAAUGGCACGUAGCUCACCUCAGCUUUAUUGGCUUUGUAUAAUUUUUCUCGGUUUUGAUGUGUUCUUUGUUGUUUUCUGCGUUGCUCUGGCAUGCGUCAUUGGCAUUGCUGUUUGCUGCUGUCUUCCAUGUAUUAUUGCAAUCUUAUAUGCUGUGGCAGAUCAGGAGGGAGCUUCCAAGGAAGACAUUGAUCAGUUAUCAAAAUUCAAAUUUCGAAAAAUUGUCAAUGACGAGAAAUCUGCUGCUGAUGUCCAAGGAUCUGUCGGGGGAAUAAUGACUGAAUGUGGUACAGAUUCUCCGUUGGAACGUGUUCUUCCCAAAGAUGAUGCAGAAUGUUGCAUUUGCCUUUCUGCCUAUGAUGACGGAGUCGAGCUAAGGGAACUUCCUUGCUGUCACCAUUUUCACUGUGCCUGUGUAGACAAGUGGUUGUACAUCAAUGCUACUUGCCCUCUCUGCAAGUAUAACAUCUUGAAGAGUACAAGCCACGACGAAGUGUAGAAAAACGAGAAUAAUUAUUCAUGGUUAUAUUCGUGACCUCUUCAUAUGUUUUUAGCUCGAGAGCAUCA